AUGGUGAAUGCGAGCAGAACCCGUACCGCUCUGUCUCCUGUUCUCCAGAACCACUCCGUCGACGACUGCUCGGCGACUCUCAUCGGCAAGAGCGGUCCUCCUACCGCUGUGCUCUCAACAGCAGAUAGCAAGAGGCGCUCAGGACUGCGUGCCAAACUCGCCCACGUCAGCUCCUCCCUGCUGCGCUCGCCAUCCCUGGCCAACCACGCUUCCGGCUUCAUCGAGUUGCCGCUAAUACACGCAUCUCCCUUUGCCUCCAUGCAUAUGGCGAAAGCUCGUGCAGGUCUCAAGCGCAAGAAGGGCGCUCGAGACCAGCUUGGUAGACUUAGCCAGAAUGCUAAGCACAACGGCCAGCAUGCCGAGAGCGUCAUUGCUUCGGAGCAGCCUCCACCUCGCGGACGGAGGAACAAGUCUCUCAACGUUGUCACUUCUCCACAUCUGCCCAGAGACAAACCCUUGUCCUCUGCCAGCGAACACUCGGACUGGUCCUCCGUACUCUCCGUAUCGCCCACCACAUCUCGCACACCCAGUUCGAGGACAGAAGAUGCUGCCACCGUUGUCAUGCCAUCUCGUCCGAAGAUCCAGACCCGACGCUCCAGCCGCAACUCCCUCCACAAGACGCUCGAUGGUAUGACGCUCGAGGACAGCUUGUCCGGCAGGCUCAGCAGAUCGCAGUCUCGGUCCAUGAGCCGCAAGAACAGCAACCACACGGCCGUCGACCCGAACGAGUCCGCUUUUCCUCCAGCUUCCCACCGCGUACUCACUUUACGGUCGGCAGCACCCGACUCGGACCCCAGUAGCGAGGCGAGCGUCGAUAUGGACGACGAGGAAGCAGAGCAGACACGUCUCAUCUCAUCUGCGCCCACCUGGCAGCUCCAUCGUCUUCGUAGAGACGAGCUUCUCCAGCUCUGCACGUCCGCUGGCGCCUGGGAUGUUGCUCCCACCGAUGACGAGCUCGAGCUGUUGACCAAGCAGGAUCUUGUCAAUCAGAUCGUUACCUGUAGAUCGAGACUGGAUCACUCUCAGUCCGAGGACUGUGAGGCUUCAUCCUCUUCUCGCCGAAAGCCUCGCCCGGGUCGCACCUCUCAACACUCGUACGAUCAGCGUUCCAGUGAAGUCUUGGGCAACCAGGCCGAUGAAGACGAUGAUGGGUUGUGGAUGGGCUCGUCAGCUCGUAGAAGCUCGCACCGUGUAGCCCGAACGUCGCACCGCUCUUCCCCUUCAAAUUCAGCAGACGGACACGAAACCGACCUCACAGAUGCUUCCAACGAGGCGGGUGGAGAAGAGACCGAAGCUGAGCCUAACCAUAUGCUCAGCAGCAGCCAACGACACAAUGGCCGAGUUCCGCACGUCAGGUUGAAACCCUACACGGAAGGCACGCUGCGUCGCAUGGACUCUUCCACCUUCGACGACUUCGAACCUUCUAAAUCGAACCAGGCUCCGCGUCGAGCAUUGCGCGACAAGGCCACUCUGCGUGAUGCUGCUUUGGGACGUCGUCAAAGGCUCGCAAACGGCUCUGAAGCGCUGUCUGCGUCGACGUCUUCCUCCGUGUUUGGAGGUCGAGGCUCGCGUGCUUCCAAUGCGUCGCCCUCUCCCUUCGUGCACAGGCACCAGCUCAAUGUCUUUGUCGCUUCAUCCCCCGUCAGAACGCGUUCGCGCACCGCGCGCCUUACCAUAGGGUUGCCGACAAGGCGGAAGACGGGUGCGCGAAGCGCAGGCGUGGGCGGAUCCGACGCACUCUUUCCGGCGGCGGCUGCAGAUCCAAUGGCGACACCCAAGCUCGGCAACCGUCGACCGCAGCGCACCAAGAAGUCGGUCAAGUUCAAUGCUGCUCUUCCCAGCCAGGACAGUGCGCAGGAUGAGGAUGAGUGGAUGGAGGACUUGUCAUCCGACAGUGAAGCGGUCGCAUUAGCUCUGCAUCCUGCAUCUGUUACCUCGCUGCAGGACAGCUAUGAGCUCAACUCGUUGCGGAAUGCGUCGAACCGUGGCAGCUCACGCAGGACUCUACGCACGAGACGAUCGACAGCAGAUUCGAACGCGAGCCUCACUUUACAUCAACCUCGCAGCCGCAGCACCUCGAUGGACGCAAUCUCGUCGGACGAUCGCCUUGAAGUCCUCGUCCGCGAGCAGGACCAUGACGCUGACAUGGCUACCGACGAUGACGAAGAUGCGCCUACACCAACCAAGUUCCGCAAGCUUCGCAAUGGGAAAUUGCGCCUCGUUGCCGGAGCUUCAAACGGAGCGUGCGAGGUUCAUCCGGCUUGUGACGGACAGCAAGACGACGUCGAUAUGGAGAGUGCUUCCGAGUCAGCUGAAAGGGCAGACAACUCCGGGGAGGACCUUGGCCGUGACCAGCGCACAGCGUCUCCAGAGAGCGACAGGGCUCCUUCCGAAAGCAUCGAGAGCAGCAUGAACCAACCUACGUUCGCAACGCUUUCGCGGCUGCGCAAAUCAGAGCUCGAGCAACUCUGUCUCCACCACGACAUCCAAACGGAACAAGACGAUAAGAAGGCCAAUUUGAUCAAAAAGCUGCUAGAUUGGCACCAGCUCGCUGAGCUUGAUGCCGGGAAACACGCGAUCGAGCUCGACAUUGGCGACGAGGAAAGCGAGGAUGCAGACGAGGCGCGAUCGGACGUUUCUAAUACCACUGCUACUGCUAGAGACGAUGACUUCAAGGCUGGACAGCGCACUCCAACUCGAAGACGCAAUACCAGAGCCGCCAGCAACACGCAUCCUGCAGCCACUGACAGUGAUCAGCCUCUUCUGCUGCGUGCACGCGGGAAAGUGGUGUCGUCUGAAAAGCUUCUUACGCCUCCACUCACAUCAAAUAACGCAGAGGCGAAUGCACCGCAGGCAGGCGACGGUGUCGACGAGCUCAACGGUCUCGAUCUGGAGAGCCUCAAUCUGACGGACAAGGAGAUCCCGCCGUCCAAGCUGGAGAAGCUCGAAAAGAUUGGCUCUGGCGGGUUCAAAGACGUCUACGUGGGCAAGUAUCGCAUCUCGAAGACGCGCGUCAACAAGGUGGCCAUCGCCGACAUUCGCGAUCAGCUGACCGAGAUGGACAUCAAGGAGCUGAGCCUGCUGCGCGACUUGCGACACGAGAACAUUGUGCGCUUCAUUGGUGUCAGCAUCCCCGAGGAUCCACGCCACGUUCCGUGCAUGAUUGUCAGCGAGCUCUGCUCGAACGGCGAUCUUUUCGAUUACAUCCGCAACACGGCUGCGCCGAGCGAUGCUGAGGUGUUCCGCAUCCUGCUCGAGACGGCGCGUGGUCUCGAGUAUCUGCACACGCGCACGCCCGCCAUCAUCCACCGCGACUGCAAGUCGACCAACGUGCUGAUCACGCGACGCAAGACGGCCAAGAUCAACGACUUUGGGCUGGCGCGCGUCAAGAACACAUCGCGCUCGAUGAUGCGGUCGUUGGUGGGCACGGUGAAUUGGCAGGCGGUGGAGCUGUGGGUGCCCAAGCCGCACUACAACGAAAAGGUGGACGUGUGGUCGGCGGCCAUGACGUUCUGGGAGGCGCUGCAGUGGCACCAGCCAGAGAAGAAGUAUCCGUUCCAAGGUAUGAACGAGCAUCAGAUCUAUCAGGAUGUCGGGCAGAAGCGGCAGCGUCCGUAUACGGGAUUCAUUCGUCGUCAAUUUGGCGGCGAGAUUGUCGACCUUCUGGACCGGAUGUGGGACCAGACGCCUAGAAACCGACCGUCAAUGAGCGAGGUGUGCACCGAGCUCGAGUCGCUGAUCCAGCUGAAGAAGGAGGAGGAGGCAGCGGCGGCGGGUGCAACUGGCACCUCGACCCGCAGCAAAGCUUCGUGA